AUGCCAGAUGAGCGCAUCCUGCUCGUGACCGGUAUUCCCUCAAAGCAAUGCACCAGUGAGUACCUGUACUCCCUCUUUGGCGCCUACGGGGGUAUUCAGCAAAUCCGUAUCGGGUCAUCCUCCAUCACGAAAGGCUGCGCCAUUGUUGUGUACGAGCAAUGUGAGGCCGCAAAUAAUGCAGUGGGCGCGCUCAACGAGUACGCUCUGAGCAAGGACCGCGUGCUUCGAGUGUCUGUGUACGAAGAAGAGAGAGAUAAAAAAGCGCUCGAGCGGCGGAAGCGGAAGCGCGAGAUGCAGGCGGAGUACAAGAAGCACAUUGCCGACGUCGCACAGGCCGCUGAUGAGCCGACCGAGUGA